ACUAACACAAAGACUCUCGAUAAACACACACACACACUCACCCGCUAGCGCUUACACACACACACACACACAAUGGAUGUCAAAGUUGUGGUGAUGAUGCUUUUCCUCGUUGUGACUAUGAAGGACUCGGAGACUGAAGCGAAGCCCAUCAGCCUGUUGGAGAGGUGCUGGUGCCGCUCGACGCUCAACACCGUGCCACAGAGGAGCAUCCGCGAGAUCAAAUUCCUCCACACGCCCCACUGCCCCUUCCAAGUCAUAGCCAAGCUGAAGAACAAUAGGGAGGUCUGCAUCAACCCCAAGACCAAAUGGCUGCAGCAGUAUCUGAAGAACGCCAUUAGCAAGAUAAAGAAGUCAAGGCAGACUGAUAACUAAAGGCAGCGGGGAUGUGAGAAGAGCCGGCGUGUGUCUCUGACCUCUGUAUUAUGUGUGCACCUCUGACACACACACACACACACACACACACACACACACACACACACACACACACACACACACACACCAUCCCUAUGUGGACUGCUUGCACAAACAGCACUUCGCCUACAAACACCUUUUUCCUGAUGCAACACAACACACACACACAAACACACACACACACAGCACCAUUUUUGCCAUUGUGAGAUUUCAGGCUUGUGCAGGUGUGUAUGCUGAGCUGAACUGAGGGGCUGGAUGUGGAUACAAAUAUUUUUGCGUGUUUUUCUAUAUGCAUUCGCUUUGUGCCUUUUUUUUUUAGUAGUAAUAAGUUGCUGAUCAGUGUUGUGGUGAAUUAAGAAGGAAAAGGAGAGUGAAUGAGAGAGAGAGAGAGAGAGAGAGAGAGAGAGAGAGAGAGAGUGUAGCAGUCACGCUUUAAACUCUAAAAAUGUAAGGAAUCAAGGAAGGUUUGAUAUAAAAACGUAAAACAAAAUGUUGAACGUUUCGUCGCGAGCUACGACGCUAACGUAGAGAACAUGUAUAGGAGGCAAACAGCUGUCAGCUUAGCGUCACGAUUAGAUCAUCAUUUUGUCAUUCAGCAUUCAAAAGUGGAUAAAAAGACCACCAUUAGUUUCAGACAGGGGGCGUGGCUUAGACUUUGAAGGCGGAAAUGUGUUUUCAAAGUGAUUCAGCGAAACCGUUAGCUAUUUCUUAGCUACACAAAGCCUUAAACAGUGAAAUAAAUUGUUAAUUUUUAAAAAAUUCCUCAAAUCUGCUUGCUCAAGUACGUUGAUAAGGAUUGAACGCGUCAUUAGGAGGUGUUUCACGGCGACACUUUCAGUGACUUCGGCAAGAUUCUACUUUUCCUUCGAUGUUGUCACUUUAAGAGUCACAGGAUGAUCUUUCAUGCACUGGCGUAGAUAACUUCUUUUUUUUUUCUUCCUCCUAACACCUUCUACCAGGCCGUAUUUACCUUUAUAAAUCGUUAGAACUCUUUAGGAUUCGGUAACGUAGCUAGUUUUUUCAUAAACUCUAAUCUACUAAACGCCUCAUGCUUUCAAGCUCGGACAAGUAAACAAGGGUUAAACCAUGUUAUAGGGCGCUGACACUGGAGACUCCUUCCGUGAACGUUGAAUAAACAGCUUUUCCUCACAGAAAACGUCACUAUAUAGACCAUGACGUGUUAUUAAGUUAUCAUACGGUAAAAAUAUACUGUAGACGUUCUGGCCAAUCAGAAACAAACGAAUUACGUACGAGAUAAACACGUACGUUUGCGUUAAAGGUGGCGUUAUCGAGUCGUAAACAUGCUUCCAGCGAGUUAUUCUUACCACGUAGAAAGUGUUAGCAUGUUUUAUUUGCUAAGUACAAUAUGACAACUUCACGAUAUCAGGAAACGUUUGUUUGAUUUCUUUCAAUAAUGCAACUUUCAUAUCAAUGCAAUCUCUCUUGGCAGCUGCUAAUUGUUUCAUUUUAUUUUCUUCUUAAACCUGUGCUUAUGAAAUAUUAUAUAGCGCAUCUCCUUACAGCCAGAGGUUUUAUUCAGUUGUGUUCGCACGCCUGAUCAUGACCUAGGCUUGUGGGGUUUGUUGUAAAAGUGCAAGGUUGGAUUAGUAAAAGGAGACGAAUUUAAGUGAAAUAAAAAAGUGCAAUUUGAAACAAAACAAUUGGAAAAAUUGUUUUACCAAUCCAACCAAUCCACUUGAUUGUGUCUUGCAUUACAAAUGCGUCAUAAUUAUGGACCAAAUGUCAUCUAUACGUCCGAUUCUCAACAUUUAGAAAGGCAAAUAGUCAGAGAACUGGGUGAUAUUGGAACAUUUGGCCUCAUAUUUCGUCAAGAUGUUUCCAGAAUUAUGAACAUAUUUAGUGCUGUUUAAUUAUUUACGAACGUUAACUCAUUUUAAACAUGGUUUAUUUUCGUAUGAGGGAACCUUCGAGGGAAAUAUUGUUAUUUGAAAUCAUACGACUGAAAAAAACCCCCAAAACCCAUCAUCUAAUCACACCUUUCCAGUGUAACAGCCGGAUGACGAGCAACUCCUAAACCCCUGCUUAUUACCCGUGUAAUCGUAACGGUAUAUAAUAACAUGUGGAUAUGAUUUCCAAGGGAAUGAAACAUGUGCGUUUUAUCAGCAUCGGGCCAAUACAAUAAGCACUUCACUGCUGUACAUGACUUUAGAAUUUUUUUAAAAAACUUUUGCAGUGUUUUAAUUUUUUUUUUAAUGUUAAAAAACAAAACAAAAAAUAAAC